AAAUUCCCAUUUUUAAUACCAUCUAAAAAAUCAGAACCUUAUACAUCACAAGAAUUACAUCUACGUCGUGAAUUUUUCAAUUCAUCAAACUCUAAAUUAGGUUCAAAUUUAACAGAUGUUUAUAUACCUCAUCAUGAAGUCUUCUAUCCUAAAUCAAUCAAGAAUGUAUCAAUAUCUAAAUUAUUAGCAGCAGGUGCCCAUUUAGGACAUUCCACCUCAUUAUUUAGACCAUCUACUCAACCUUAUAUCUUGGGUUCAUAUAAAGGUAUUCAUAUUAUUGAUUUAGAACAAACUUUAUCAUAUUUAAGAACUGCAUCCAAGGUUGUGGAGGGAGUUGCAGAACGUGGAGGUAUAAUAUUAUUCAUUGGUACUAGAGAAAAUUUACAACGUCCUUUGGAAUUGGCAGCUGAACGUUGUGGAGGUUAUUAUGUUGCAACAAGAUGGGUCCCUGGUACUAUAACAAAUUGUACAGAAAUUUCAAGUUGGGAUCGUCAAGAAGUUGAUUUUGAAGGUGUUGCCACAGGGAGAGUCUUGAAUGCAGAUGAAGUUAAAGGUUUAGUUAAACCUGAUUUAGUUGUUAUUUUAAACCCAGUGGAGAAUAGAGUUGCGGUUAGGGAAUGUAUACAAUCAAGAAUCCCAACUAUUGGGAUCAUUGAUACUGAUAGUGAACCAAGUUUAGUUAGUUAUCCUAUUCCUGCAAAUGAUGAUUCUGUUAGAUGUUUAACUUUAUUGGUUGGUGUUUUAUCAAAAGCUGGUGAAACUGGUAGAUUGAAAAGAUUUAAAAAGAUUCAAGAUUAU